UUCAGACACAGCCGACCGUUCCGGGGGGUUUUUCAAACCAUGAGGUUGACCUAAAGAGGAGGCGGUGCCACAGGGGACCCUCUUUUCCUGUACGCAGCUAGGUAGCCAAGGGAAAGUGGUGUGAGGCGCCCAAGAUGGCGAUUCUUGGCCAGCAGCUGCUGCUGGGAUUGGUGGCGAUGGUGGCGGUGGUGGCGUGGAUGGGCGUGUCAGAGGCAGCGCUCGGGGUGAACUAUGGCACAAUGUCGUCGCACCUUUUGCCCCCAAAGGUUGUGGCGCGGCUGCUCAGGGCCAACAACAUCACCCGGGUGAAGCUGUUCGAUGCGGAUUUCGCAAUGGUGAGGGCGUUCGCAGGUACUGACAUCGAGGUCAUGGUUGCAAUCCCCAAUGACAUGCUUGAAAUGAUGGCCACUAGCACCGACGCCGCGGAGAGGUGGGUCAAGCGCAAUGUCACCCGCUUCUUGAUCGAUGGUGGCGUCAAGAUCAAGUACGUGGCGGUGGGCAACGAGCCUUUCCUCACGGCUUACAACGGGAGCUUCAUAAGCUCCACUCUGCCGGCGGCGGUGAACAUCCACCAGGCGCUGGUGAAGCACAAGGUGGCCGACGAGAUCAAGGUCACGGUUCCGCUCAACGCCGACGUGCUGAGUAAUGGCGGAGUGAACGUCCCGUCGGCGGGCAUUUUCCGGCCCGACAUCCAGGACAUCAUGUCCCAGCUGGUGGCAUUCCUCGAUCAGAACCAGUGCCCCUUCACCAUCAACCUCUACCCCUUCCUCAGCCUGCAGCAGGAUGCAAACUUCCCGCGAGAGUUCGCCUUCUUCGACGGGGCCCUGCCACCGACAGUCGACGGCGCUCUUUCCUACACCAACGUCUUCGACGCGUCGUAUGAUCUCCUGGUAUCGGCGCUGCGGAAGAACGGGUUCGGCAACGUCAGCAUUCUGGUCGGGGAGGUGGGGUGGCCGACGGAUGGCGAUCCGAAUGCCAACAUGGCCAGCGCGCAGAGGUUCUACCGCGGCCUGGCCACGCACGUCGGCCGCGGGACUCCGCUGUCCCCGCGGCCGCUGGACGUGUACCUCUUCUCGCUCACGGACGAGGACCAGAAGAGCAUCGCGCCGGGGAACUUUGAGCGGCACUGGGGGAUCUACACUUUCGAUGGCCAGGCCAAGUACCAGUUGGACCUGAGCGGGAGCGGAUCCAUCGCGAGCCUGGUGAAUGCCCCCGGCGUGGACUACUUGCCGCGCAAGUGGUGUGUUUUGGAUCCGGCGGCGGACAGGACGCGGCUGGGCGACAAUGUGGCCUACGCUUGCAUGUACGCCGACUGCACGUCGCUCAUGUAUGGCGGCUCCUGCAAUGGCAUCGGUGGCGACGGCAAUGCGUCGUAUGCCUUCAACAGCUACUACCAGCUCAAGGGCCAGAUGGGGAACAGCUGCUACUUCGAUGGCCUCGGCAAAGUCACGGACGUGGAUCCGUCGCAAGGGGAUUGCAAGUUUAGGAUUGGGAUUGUGACGGCCGCGUCUCCUCCUCCCGGGUUGUCGGCGGCAUCGUCACUGUUGGCCGCCUCCCUGGCGUUUCUCUUCUUGCUUUUCUAAGUAGGCCUCCGGCGACCGCGACGAGUUUGUUCUAGGUAGUAUGAUUCAUCCGCGACGACGACGACGACGACGACGACGACGUGUACAGCCGCAGUUUUCAUAAUUGUAUACCGUAUUUUAAGUU